GUUCCGGCAGUGGAUAUUCGGGCACAUGCGCAUUGGAGUUCUGUCUGAAGCCUUGUUUGGUGGGGAGUCGGGUUCGACACUAAUCGGGAAUCGACAGCGGCGGGAAUGGAGCCAAUUGCGCCAGGUCCUCCUGCAACAACCAAUUUGUUUCAACCUCCUCGCAGGCCAGGACUUGGUACAGUUGGGAAACCUAUUCGCCUGUUGGCCAAUCAUUUUCAGGUCCAAAUCCCUAAAAUUGAUGUUUACCACUAUGAAGUGGAUAUCAAACCAGAGAAACGUCCCCGCAGGGUCAACAGAGAAGUGGUUGAUACUAUGGUACGACACUUCAAGAUGCAAAUUUUUGGGGAUCGGCAACCAGGUUAUGAUGGGAAAAGAAAUAUGUACACUGCAAAUCCAUUACCAAUUGGGCGAGAAAGGGUUGACUUGGAAGUGACCCUCCCAGGAGAAGGUAAAGAUCAAACAUUCAAGGUUUCUAUACAGUGGGUAUCAGUUGUCAGUCUGCAGUUACUUUUAGAAGCUUUGGCAGGACGUCUUAAUGAAGUUCCCGAGGAUUGUGUCCAGGCACUUGACGUUGUCACGAGGCAUCUUCCCUCGAUGAGGUACACCCCAGUAGGUCGUUCCUUUUUCUCUCCUCCAGAGGGUUACUAUCACCCUUUGGGAGGAGGUAGAGAAGUCUGGUUUGGUUUCCAUCAAUCUGUUCGACCAGCCAUGUGGAAUAUGAUGUUAAAUAUUGAUGUGUCUGCAACAGCGUUUUACAGAGCUCAACCAGUCAUUGAGUUCAUGUGUGAGGUAUUAGACAUUCAGAAUAUCAAUGAGCAAAACAAACCACUGACUGACUCGCAGCGUGUGAAAUUUACCAAAGAAAUAAGAGGUCUAAAAGUGGAGGUGACUCAUUGUGGACAGAUGAAAAGAAAAUAUAGAGUGUGUAAUGUCACCCGACGGCCGGCCAGUCACCAGACGUUUCCUCUACAACUGGAAAAUGGGCAAGCAAUGGAGUGUACAGUGGCACAAUACUUCAAACAAAAAUACAAUUUGCAACUUAAAUAUCCCCACCUACCCUGUCUACAAGUGGGACAAGAGCAGAAGCACACCUAUCUGCCACUUGAGGUAUGUAACAUUGUAGCUGGGCAACGUUGUAUCAAGAAACUAACAGACAAUCAAACAUCAACAAUGAUCAAAGCAACAGCUCGAUCAGCGCCCGACCGACAAGAGGAGAUUAGUCGUCUGGUGAAGAGUAACAGUAUGAUUGGCGGGCCAGAUCCAUAUCUAAAGGAGUUUGGUAUUGUCGUUCAUAAUGAAAUGACUGAGGUCACAGGUCGAGUGCUGCCUGCACCGAUGCUCCAGUAUGGAGGCAGGAAUAAGACUGUUGCUACCCCAAACCAGGGGGUAUGGGACAUGAGAGGCAAACAAUUCUAUGCUGGCAUUGAGAUUAAAGUCUGGGCAGUUGCCUGUUUUGCACCACAGAAGCAGUGCCGGGAGGAAGUUUUAAAGAAUUUUACUGAUCAGUUGCGUAUUUCCAAAGAUGCUGGAAUGCCUAUUCAGGGACAGCCGUGUUUCUGUAAAUAUGCACAAGGUGCAGACAGUGUAGAACCGAUGUUUAAGCACCUGAAGAUGACUUAUGUUGGUCUGCAAUUGAUUGUAGUUAUUCUGCCUGGGAAGACUCCUGUUUAUGCUGAAGUGAAACGUGUGGGUGACACAUUGUUGGGAAUGGCCACACAAUGUGUUCAGGUGAAGAAUGUAGUCAAAACAUCCCCGCAGACAUUAUCAAAUCUUUGUUUGAAGAUUAAUGCAAAACUUGGUGGAAUCAAUAAUGUUCUUGUACCUCACCAGCGACCAUCUGUGUUCCAGCAGCCAGUCAUCUUUUUGGGAGCAGAUGUCACACACCCACCAGCAGGAGAUGGCAAGAAGCCCUCAAUUGCAGCAGUGGUUGGUAGUAUGGAUGGACACCCUAGUCGAUACUGUGCAACAGUUCGCGUGCAGACAUCAAGGCAAGAAACAUCUCAGGAGCUUCUGUUUAGUCAAGAGGUAAUCCAGGAUCUGUCCAACAUGGUGCGUGAGCUUCUAAUCCAGUUUUACAAAUCAACCCGCUUCAAACCAACACGUAUAAUCUACUACAGGGGUGGAGUAUCCGAAGGACAAAUGAAACAGGUUGCCUGGCCUGAGCUUAUUGCUAUUCGAAAAGCCUGUAUUAGUUUAGAGGAGGACUACAGACCUGGCAUAACAUACCUUGUUGUGCAGAAACGACAUCAUACGCGACUAUUUUGUGCUGAUAGAAGUGAAAGGGUGGGUAAAAGUGGCAAUGUUCCUGCUGGCACAACUGUUGAUAGCACCAUCACCCAUCCUUCCGAGUUUGAUUUCUACCUUUGCAGUCAUGCAGGAAUUCAGGGUACUAGUCGCCCUUCGCACUAUCAUGUCCUGUGGGAUGACAACUGCUUUUCAGCUGAUGAAUUGCAGCUUUUGACGUAUCAGCUAUGUCAUACUUAUGUGCGAUGCACACGCUCUGUCUCAAUCCCUGCACCUGCGUAUUAUGCCAGAUUGGUUGCAUUUAGAGCAAGAUACCAUCUCGUCGACAAGGAUCAUGACAGUGCUGAAGGAAGCCACAUAUCUGGACAGAGCAACGGACGGGAUCCACUGGCAUUGGCCAAGGCUGUACAGGUCCACCACGACACCCAGCAUACGAUGUACUUUGCAUAAGACCUGCUGAUGAAUUUUCCAGCCAUUUCCAGCAUAUUCUGCCGUUCUGAAACGUCCUUAGUGCUUAAAUUUUUUUAAAUAAACUCAUGAGGGCCAAGCCUGUUUCAGACAGCAAUCUACCAGCGAAAGGAUGCAACGCACUGAAUGACUCAUUUAACUCAUUAGGAUUUAAAUGCACAGAGAAAUGAGCCAUUGUUCUUCAUAAUCUACCAGAAGCACUAUAUAAGGACAACUGUGGUGGCUUUUUCCAACCACGCUGAUUUUAUAUUUUUUACCUCAAGGCAAGAAGACUGAACAUCAUAGGGGAAAAUUGCAUGAAUGACUUUGAUUGUUACUACAUUCUGUAGCAAGUUUUGAUAUUGUGUGUUUUCUUUUUCUGUUUAUACGAGGUAACACUGUUGUUAAACCCAUCUAUUUUUAAUCUUUUACAAAACGACUGUGUGCGUGUGUGUGUGUGUGAGAGAGAGAGAGUGAGGCAGACAAGAGGGAGAGAGAUGGGCAUUAGAUUCUUUGUAGCUAGUUCAAGGGUAUUAAUUGUGCAACAAUUUCAAAGUGAACCCUUGAAAUUGUACAACUGAAGGUGCAAGUGUUUCCAAACUAUACAAGUACAGGCAAACCACAUUGUGCACUCAUAAAUGCAAAGUAGUUAUUUAUGGUUCAUCUUUGUAAGGCUUAAGUUCCUCUUGCGAUGUGGCUGAUUCCGAAAGAUUGAGCUGCAUUCCAAAUGGUUGAGGUUUGUGGUAGAAUAUAAAGGAAAUAUGUAUGUCCAAUAUUUAGUAUUUAAAUGAAUCAUUUUAGAAUUUUAUAGUUCUGAAAUGUUUUGCUGACAUAAAAUCUGACGCUAUGAAAAAUAUCAGGCUUGCUUGACCUAUUAAUGUGCCCAAUCUGUCAAUCUCUUUGGUCUGACAAUAUUUUUCUAUUUUUGAUGCUCUGUGGUCAUCAGUAUGGUUCGUUCCGAGUUACCAUGAACUACCCAAAUCACAAAGCAUUUCUCAUCUUGCUUAUUUAGUGGCAUGCUGGUUAUGAAUACAAAUUUCCAGUUAACUUUGACAUAUUUUUGCUUUAAAAAUUCCUAAUUAAUGAUGCAGACCCUAUUGCCAUUGCUUUGGAAUGAAUUUAAUUUGUUUUUAAAUAGAGAUUUUGCACUAAAAGUUUAAUCUUUAUGAUUUUACCUUAAAUCAUAAUCAUAGUUGAAUGUAGUACAAUUCUGCCAUGCAAUUGAUGAACAAAGUCACGCAUUAUAUUUGCAUGUAACAGGAGUAAAGCCAGUCAUUACUGAAAGAUGCUCAAUAGAAUAACAUAUACUCUGUGGAGUGUAUUGUACUUGCAUAUUUUGAAAGAAAAAGAUUCUUGAACUUAUGCAACAUUUUAAAUUGUAGUUGCCAGGUUUUUUGCUGUUGAUCAUCAACAUCAGAAGCUUUUAAGUACUGAUAGUUUGCUGCACUAAGUUUCCAGUGGAAUAACAUUUAGUUGACUGCUUGAUUGAUUUGUUUGAUUGCAUAAACUAUUAUGGUGCUUGAAAAAUACUUGACUGUAUUUAUAUUGAGGCUUUUGCCAGCUGGACUGUCCAUGAUCACUUUAUAACUUGGGGAAGAAAAUUGUGUUCAAUGCUGUAUUGGGAAGACCAAAACUGUGGAUAUAAUACCACAGUUCAAAUUCUUGACAUUUAAAUUCAUAAUCGCAAUGGUUUGUUUUAUUUGAAGUUGAGCACACCUUUUUGCAUUUGAACUUUUGUGCAAUAUAUAUUAAAAACCUUCAAUUAUAAAGCGCAGGCAAAGGCUAUAGAAAGAAGUUGUGCUGGUCAGGCAUGUGGGUGAUUUAAAAUUAAUUUUAAUUUUCCAGUAUAGUUCUCCAGGAUAUUGAUGUAUUAUGUGGUUCCAUGUCUCCAUACACAAUUUUCAAUGAGUAGUGACUUUUUUUGUAGGGCAAGAGUGUUUAAAUUUCUAAGCAAGCAAAGCAGUGCUAACCUAAAUAAGCUAAUAAUGCCGAUUCUGGAGUCUCGUCUAGAGAAUGGAUUCAUUCUAGCAACCUUUACUCUCAGCAAAAUUAUGCAGCUCCAUGCAAUUUUAUUGACUUUUCUUCAUUUAGUUUCUAACAUUCCAUAGAUGAAGGCAUUGCUAAGAAAGUUUAGUUUUGGAAAUGUUAUGUUGAACUACGCCAAAUGUUUUUUUUAAUAAAUGACAAGGUAUGGCUUUUCCAUGUAUUGAUCUGGUUUCCAGAUGGAUCCUUAUGAAAUUAUUCAACAACUGAUGAAUGUCUUUUCCCAAAAUUUAAAACAAAAUUAUUUCCUGAUAGUUGAAGUGACUAUACAACUUUAAUUUGGUGACAUGUCCGAUAUUUUAUUAUCAUAUCUACUUGGCAUUGCUUUUAAGUUUUCUUUUGCCAGUUGCAGAUUGGUAGGCAGAUUUUAGUUUUUAAACGUGGAUAGACCAACUCGAAACAUUACUAAUUUUUCUAUGGUCAACUUUAUCAACUUGGUCAAACAUUUUUGCUCAUGAAAUUGCUGUAUAUCUGUGAGGUUACUUGAGUUAUAAUAAUGGCAGUAAUUGGAGCGGUAGUGAAGCCGAUUUCCUUAUCUAUUUUAAACAUUUUUAAUGAAGUGUUUUUCAACAUUCUUGACCUACAUCAUUGAUUCUACAUUGAAAAGUCUGGAAUACUGAAAACUACAAAGUUUAAAAGUUACAACUUCUAUCGGCAAACAUCUUUCUUCAGCCUUAAUGCAGUGAAUUUUGCCAAUAGAUUGAUAACAUCAUGCUAUUCAGUCACCAGUAUUUUGUAGAUAAUCUACUAAAUGGCAUAAUUGGCGCUUUUUCUUGUGAAUUAGCUGAAGUAUCCAGAAUAGACUGCUCGAACUAGGCACUGCCAAGGAAAAUCAAGGGUAAAGAUCAUUAAAAUUAAUGUUUUCCAGAAUAUAAACAUUUAUAGUUUUCAGAAUUUGUUCUUAAAAUGGAUCUCCAAAAUAAUGCCACUUCUGUUUCCUGAAUACAGGAAAUGGUCCUCAAGUCUUGAGGGAUGCAAACUGUGUAGUGAGACAUGUUUUAUUGAGGGUGUAUUUAUAUUUUACUUAAAUUUAUAGCAAUUGUAACAAAUUUGUGAUGUUGGAUCCACUUCUUCAUAAGAUCAUCACAAUAGUUUUGCAAAUAUAACAUGCAGGCAGCUGGGACUUCAAUGCAUUACAGUAUUCUGUUUCCCUUUGUUUACUCUUAAAUAAUCCAUAAUGGCGAUAUAAAUUUUGAUUACUGUCAUAACAUUUAUCUAAAGUGGAGCUUGUAAUUAAGAAUGAUAGAGUGUACUUAUCACUUAUUUUUACAUUUUUUGAUUUGUAUGGUAUGGCAAAUGCCACUCAAGUUGAGUGGGCCAUAUUCAAUUUGAUUGACAUUUCCAAUGUAUAAGCAACAGCUGUGUGCAGAAUUUAAAUACCAGGAUGCAGUAAUGUAAACUGUUGACUGUGUUCCAUGAAUACAAAAUCAACGUCAAAUUCUGGGGGGCAAUUUUGUAGCUUUAUGACUAUGACUUUAUGAUUAAACAAAAACAACUUUUGAAUUUAGGUAAAUAAUAAUCUAUAACAAUACUUCCAACCAGCUAAUGAAUCUGAAAUGAAGUAGCUGAAAUAUUAUUUCACAACAAAAUAAUAAUUAUCUGCUAUCUGAGGCACAAAUCUGCCAGCUGAUAAUUUAAUAUCUAAUGGUCGGAAACUGUGUUCAUUAAAAUUUCUGGGAAAGAAUAAUCCUUUGAUCCAUAUUUAUUAACCUCCCAAGUCUGAUAAUCAAACUGCCAAAUGCUAUGAGUAAUUUUACUAAAACAGAAUUUUCCAGUUAUAAGUUGGUGUACUAAUUUUUUGGUGCAGUGAAUGGUGCAGAUGAACAAAUGCUUGCAGUUUCAUUAGAAACCGAUGAAAGAGAUAAUGGUAAAUAUUCUUUACAAUUACCAUAUUUGCAUAGGUACAGGAAGAAAAUAUUGAAUGAACUGAUUUCAGAGUGCAGAAGGGCACCACUCGAUUAUUAUGCCUCUGCUAUUUUCAACAGCUGUCCAUUUGUCCUCAUUCUCCCGCACUGUCCUACAGACAAUUCUCUUUUGAGUUACUAUUUAUCUUUCAGAUUUUCUUGAUCGGGUCUUUCAUGAAUUGACUGCCCUGUGCACUUUAUUUUUUUAAAUAUUCUUGCUUGCCCCUUCGUUUUGUCAUAAAUUUACACAAUUGCCAUCUCGCCAGCUAUGGCAAUUGGUUAAAAUUUUCAUGUGACUGUAAACAUUUAUUUCAUUCUAGACAUUUAAGACAAUCAUCUGGUUAUUUUAAGGGAUUUAGUGCCCAUUUUAGACAUUCAUCUGGUUAUUUUAUGGAUUUUCCUCAUCUUUCUAUUGCUGAUUUGUUACUGAGUAUAACAGCAGAAUAUGUUUUGCCGUCAAUUCAUCACAACAGUUCAGUAACCGGUAGGAAAUAGUUCAGUGAUUGGUAGGAAAUUGGCUCCUGGUUGAAGUUUCCCUCUGCCUUAGAGAUAGAAUGUUGCUUCUAAUUUUCAGGGGGGAAAAAACAAAACAAACCACAGAAAUUUCUAAAAGAACUCUAAGAACAGUAUUUUUGGAAAAACAGAUGGGAGUUAAUGUUUCAAGGUCAAUAGUCUUUUAUUCUGUUGAGUAUUUGCAGCAUUUUCUAUUGUUAAUCAAUGGCCGGCUGUAAAUUUUGAUAAGCAUCAUUAUGAUAUCAUUUCUUAUGCUGGACAAAAAUGCUGGAGGAACUCAGCAGGUGAUUUGAGAAACACUGCAAAAUCAUUUUGUAUAAGUACCUUAAGACCCCAGCCCUACCAAAAAUAAUAGUGUAUCAAUAACAGGAGUGUUUAAAGGGCGACUUAACAUGAAAAAAAAAUCCAAAAUUUUGGGAUCCCUCCCACAUAAGUUUGGUACUGUACUAAGUUGGCAAUAAUGGGGCAAUUGACCAAACAAUUUGGCCUAAGCUAGGUUUUUGAGGAUCUCUUAAAGGAGGAAGGAAAUCAGGAAGCAAAAAACUUAGAUCAGUUUAAAAAUAUAGGUGAAUGACACAGCUGCUAUUAGUGCGCACGUUUGGAAAUGUUCAAGAGCCCAGAACCAAAUAUGCAAGAUAUCUCUGCAGGACCAAAAACCAUCAGAUUAGUGACGGAGAGACGAGACCAUGGAGUAAUUUGAAGUUGAGGAUGAGAAAUUUAAUAUUGUGACUGCUUCACCAGGAGCCAAUGCAGUUUGUAUGUACUACAUUGAACGAAUGAAGGUAGAUACACAAAUUGCUGGAGUAACUCAGUGGGUCAGGCAGCAUCUAUGGAGCAAAAGGAUGGGUGACGUUUCAGGUUGGAACCAUUCUUCAGACUGAGUGAACAGAACUUUAUGGGAAGCACAAGGCUGAAGCAUUAAAAUAAUUGUUUACGGAAAUAGGAAAUGGACGGAUGAGAGUUGUUGAAGCAGGUAGAGUUAGAUGGUAUGGAUAGAUAGAAUAAAGUUCAACUCCAGGGCAAAUCUGACACCGAUUGGCAAAAGUCGCUUAAUUUUAAAUGGUUGCCAGGAUGAGGGAAGAGGUCAAUGGUUGGAGAAUGAAGUUUGUGAUUGCAGAAGAUGAUGACUUCAGUCUUCCCAAUUACUGUUCAUCCAGAAUUGGACAUGAUUGUUGCAAUCUAACAAUAGAUAGAUAACUGCAUUAAGAGAUACAGUGGUCAGACAGCUACAUGUUGCAAGUAUAACCUGAUUUUGGAUGAAGGGCAGUACGUAAUGGAGAAAUGUGUGCCAUUGAUUGAUACCAAAAGUAACUCCAGGAACAAGUGGUGAAAUCAUUGCAGCUAAUUCUUUGCUGUGACUGGAUAGACGAGAUUGGAACAAUUAGAGCUGGACAAUAGGUGGAUUGGAUAGAUAUUGGAGAAGAAUGGUUGGGUUGACUUUGUUAAAAGGUUGAGAAAGGCAGAUUUUUCAUCCAGUGGAUGUUACUUGCUAAUGAAAUUUUGUAAUUUGUGUUUAAUUAGUCCACAAACAAUUCACCACAUUGUGCUUUAUGAAUACGGUAGAAGCAAUUGGUGUAUUUUUCUCUCAAGAUAAUAGCUGCCAUAAUGGCAUUUUAAUACCACUUUGGCUAGUUUUAAAUUAGAUUAAUGUUGUUUACAGAUGAAACCCCCAUGGAGACAAGAAAACAACUUUAUUACCUUCUCCCCACACAUAACAAAAGUGACUGCACACCACGCAUGACUGACAACCUCGUGCGGCUUUUCUCUUUGAGCUAGGUAAUACCACCACUUCUGCCAAGCAGGAAUGAGUUGAUUCAACAUAUGCUUGAUUUUUACCUGAAUCUUCACAAUCUGUAGCUUUGUACCAUACUAGACUUUGUGCCUAAUGAUUUUUGCUAGUUUUGCCCUGUAUAUUCAUGGAAGCAAUGAUCUUUGAAUUGCUGCCUGUGUGAAAAUAUUUAUUUUUUUCUUUGUCUUGCCAUUUUAGAUUUUUUGUAUACCUAUGUUGCUAGAAGUUUCCAAUUCCUACGAGUAUUGCCGAGAAUAACUAACUUCUAUUAAGUCAUGAGUGUAUUAUCAAUAAACCAAUUAUGAUAUUGGUUAUAGUGGUUUUUAGUUAACCUGUCCUUAUGAAUUAUCAUUCUAAACUUGUCACUUGAAAUUCUGUUUUUCUUCCUGCGUCAGCUUUUGUCAUCUAACAAUUAUAAGUUUCUUGAUGAACACACCGCCAUGAAAUUUUAUAAAUGCCCAAAUGUGUUGCCAGUUUAAAACUGAUCAUUGCACGUUUUGUGAUGCACAUUCAUCCAAAGUUUUUGGGUGACAAGUUUUGUAUCCUAGCUGAUGUUAAGAUGGUGUGGGUUGUGCAGAAAAAAGUCUAAAAUUUGUAAGUAAUACUGUAAAUUAGCCUGGUAAUCAUGGGCUUUACGCCCCAGCCUUUGCUGUACGAAAUGCAUUGAAGGCAUUUCAUGCUGCAUAGUUCUGCUGUAAACAAUUUUUGUGUAGUUCAUUGGGAAAGUUGUUGAUAAGAUGUAUGCAUUCUUCAAUGAAGUUGGAAAAGCUUUUCUUUUUGUUUACACAUUUAGAUAAGUGCUGUUUUGAUUAUUUUAUUGAUUUUUGUGUCUACCAAUACGAGGUACUCUCUUGAGCUGUAGGAAUCGAAAUUGUGUGGUAACCUUCCCUACACAGUAAAAGAUGUUGGCUGAUUGAAUUGCAAAUCUGUAUUGCAAUAUGAUUUUUAGUCUGCAGGGAAAACUUGUGUUCACAUGACAAUAAAAUGGUAUUUUCAUGCCAAAACUUGUAAAGUC